AUGGCAUCUUGCCCAACAGAAAUCGAUGACAAACGCGAGUUUGGAGAAAAAGACAACCAAAACGACGAUGUCGACCCAACCAAUACUCCCAUGGAGGGCACUCAAGUCCUUCACAAUGCAGCCGUCGACAAGAACGGAAUCAGACUUCACCCCCAGCCAACAUCAGACCCCCUAGAUCCAUUAAAUUGGUCAAGCCUCCAGAAAAAUGGCAUACUAUCUAUCGUUAUGUUCAAAUAUUUCCUAUUCACAUACCUCACAACCACCACAGUUCCAUCAUUUCCAGAGAUUCAAGAUCAAUACUCGAUCAACUAUUCGCAAGUCAACUGGACAGUCGCCGUGCCAGCAUUAGGAUUAUCCGUCGGACCACUCAUAUGGUCAUCCCUUGGUGAGAUCUUUGGCCGAAGGGUGGUGUUCUUAGUCGGGACAACCAUAUCACUGGCCUCGACCAUUGGGGCUGCUGGAGCUGAUAGCUAUUCGGGCUAUAUGGCUGCUCGCUUCUUCCAAGGAUUUGGAGUGAGCCCAGCAUCUACAGUCGGAAUGGCAGUCGUGACCGAUCUGUUCUAUGAUUAUGAGCGUGGUCAGAAGCUUGGCUUGUGGGUUCUAGCAAUUGAUGCUGGUCUGCUUCUAGGUCCUACCUUUGGCGGCUUUUUGGAUCUCGUCAGUGCCCCAUGGAUAAACUGGUUCAACGCAAUCCUCUUUGCAACACUACUACUUCUCGAACUCUUCUUCAUGCCGGAGACCCUCUACCCCCGCAACAAGAUGCUUCAGCAAAUGCCCCGUCUUGACGGCAACAAAGCUCUCCCGAGUGAUGUUGAAAAGCAAAUAGCAGGAGACGAAACGGCGACAUCCAUGUCUCCGGAGACCCUACCCUCCGAGCUACGCCGCACAAAGAACCUCCCUUUCAUCAAUUGGCGUCCUAUUCCCGGAAUGCGCCAUCCCAAGCCGUGGGACUCCAUCACUCGGUUUGUAUUGACGUUCCAAUUAUCCACAGUGGUUAUCGCAGUUGUCGGAUUCAGCUUCGUCUGGUACUGGUGGGUUUUAUCUGUUAUCACGAUGGUACCGGCAGCGUAUCCGAACUACACACCUCUGAUCCAGGGACUGCUGUUCCUUGGGCUAUUUCUUGGGACUGUCCUCUCGGAGAUUGGGUGCUCUGGGCGAUUAAGUGACUUUAUUGUCGAGAAGUUGGCGAAGAGGAAUGGCAAUAUCCGCGUUCCGGAGAUGCGGUUGUGGCUGGCGUACCCGGCUAUAUUGAUCACCACUGUUGGGUUGGUUGUUUGGGGAAUCAGUAUCGACAAAAACUACCACUGGAUGGUAGGCCAGGUGGCAUUCUUCCUAUUUGCCGCUGGUAUCCAGAUCGGAAAUACUGUAACCAGCAGCUACAUUGUGGACUGCUACCCACUACAAACAACGAGCGUGAUCACUUUCUACGCCGUAUUUCUGAACCUGAGUGCUUUUAUCAAUCCGUUCUUCAUUGCCAAUUGGCAAGCGUCUUCCGGUUGGACUUGGACAUUCACUGCCCAAGGACUUAUUGUACUUGGUGGCGGGUUUUUGGUGUUUGGUGGUCUGCAUAUGUUUGGGGCUUGGAUGCGUGCAAAAGCACCACAGCCUUCGUGGGUCAAUCCGGAGUUUGAUAUGGAUCCUUGA